AUGAAGUUGGAGAUGAUGGGUGCUUCCAUUAAAGAUGAGGAGCAUAGGCAGUUGGUAAUAAACAUUACUGACCAUAAUUUAGAGCCCUUUCCUGACUAUUGUAUUUACUGGGUACAUAGAAGUCUCCGCAAAGUAAAUGAAGAUGCCUACACUCCUCAACUGAUUUCAAUAGGCCCUCUUCACCAGGGGAAGGAAGAACUAGUUAACAUGGAGAAACAUAAAACAAGAUAUAUGGAAAGUGUUCUUCAACGAAUAAAUUUGGAGAGAUGGGAGCAAAUGUUAACCUUCAUUAAAAACAAUGAACAACAAAUUCGUAAUUGUUACGCAAAGGCAUCUGAUCUUGGAAGUACUGAGUUCGUAGGCAUAAUUCUAUAUGAUACUAUCUUUAUCAUUGAGCUAUUCUGGAGGUAUUUCAAUUAUAGUUUUUAUGCAAGUGAUUAUUUGAUAUAUAAUCCAUCAUUAGAUUCCGUUUUACGCAUUGAGUUGCUAGAACUUGAAAAUCAACUUCCAUACUUCAUCCUUGAGGAAUUAUAUAGGCUAGCUUAUGUUAGCCCUCAUCAUCCUACCUUCAUGGAGCUUUCUUGCAACUACUUCGACCAUGAGAUGUUUAACGGCAUACCUCGAUGCACUGCACUUGACUCAGGAGUAAAAUUUAAGGGUAUCAAAAGAGAAUGUUUACGUGACAUAAGAUUUGAAAGGCGACACCAAAGAAUUCCAUGCUUCAAAAUACACGAGUUGCAAAUACCAUGUCUGGAAGUAGACUAUCGCACAGAAACUAUCCUUAGAAAUGUGAUGGCUUUUGAGCAGUAUCACUAUCCGUGGGAUACUGGGGUUUGCAGUUAUGUUGAUCUAAUUGAUCAACUUAUCGAUACCGGAAAAGAUGUGGAUUUGCUCAUUGAAGGGGGGAUUAUUAUCAAUUCUUUGGGCGACAAUGCUUCAAUAACGAAUAUGUUCAACAAACUUUGCUCUCAAACUGGUUUCGUUGGUUCUUGUUACUACGACCUCUGCGAGGAACUAAAAGCACACUAUAACAAUCCCUUGAACCAUACCAAGGCCACCUUAAAUAGGGUGUAUUUCAGCAAUCUUUGGAAAGGCACGGCAACUGUUGCAGCAGGGUUACUUCUAUUGCUAACUAUGAUACAAGCCAUGACUUCUAUCAAGCAAGUUGCUUGA